AUGAAGCUAAGUGAUAUUCAACUUGUUCACAUUAUGUUAUUCCUAACCAAUCCAGUUCUUUAUCUUUGUGAUGGCUCGGCUAUAUGCAAGGAACCACCUCCAGUACCAAAUGCUUACAGGGAAUGGUCUGGAAUAGGUAUGACCGCAGAGGUGAUUUAUACCUGCUAUACCCACUAUGUAUUGAUGUCGGGUGAUUUGGUGAGGACUUGUGUCAAUGGUGUUUAUACAGGAGAGGAACCUGUUUGUAAACUUGAUUGUGGAGUACCAAGAAAUCUGGAGGGAGCUACAGUUAGUUAUUCUUCAACUCUUUCGGAUUUCCAGUCUAUAUCAUAUGCCGGAUACGACUGUUUACCAGGUCUAAUUGCCAAGGGGAGUCGCACAUUUAAAUGUAAUGUGAUUAAACAUAAAUGGGGGACCUCGAAGUAUUACUGCUAUAAUGCGAGUAUUAAUAAGAUUUCUGUAUCAGCUAUACAAAACAGUACAGGGCUAGAAAAAACUUGUGUUGAAAUGGACUAUGGUGAUGGUACUAUGGGAAUAACCAAGACUUUAUACAGCUCCAAGGCUUAUGACAGUACAAAAUGUUAUGGUGAUAUAGUUAGAAUAGUGUUGACUCUAUCAACCACCUUGUCAAUAUGUGACAUCAUGAUAUACGGAAAUCUUUUUAUAGGUGAUUGUGGUCAGCCGGCAGUGAAAUUUGGUCAGACUGUAGAAUAUACAAAUACAACAGAAGGCAGUACAGCUCUGUUAAGCUGUGCACCACCAUUCUUUCCAGCAGAUAGUCAUGGUGUUAUAGCGUGUCAAGGUACAGCAUGGACAUCAUCCAAAUUAAAAUGCACAGACAGGUAUGAUAAUAUAGCUGAUGAAAUACCAAAUAAUUUAUAUGAUAUGGUUCUUGAUAAUAAUUACACUACUUGUGUUAAUAUCGUCAGUUCUAAUGGUAUUCCUAGCGAGUGGUCAAUAGAUCUUGGUCAGGAUUAUGAAGUUAACAGCUUAUCAGUUACUUUUGGCGAUAUGGACUUGUCGCAACCAGUUAGAGCAGUAAUAGUCCUUAGUUCUGGAAAGGCCACUACUUGUCAGUUUAAACGAUCAAAAGGAGCUGGUGUUGUGGUUGCUUUUGUAUGUUCAUAUGCACGUGUAACUCGUAAUAUUAAAUUAACUGGAGGAGAUGAGUUAAAUCUUUGUGAUGUAAAAAUUAAAGGAAGAUAUUAUGAUGAACCUCUGGAAUGUUACAAUUCUUUUAAAGGUAAAGAUUAUAAAGGAACACAAAAUGUUACAAGUAAUGGGCGUGUGUGCCUUCCAUGGGUCUCCAUCUCCGAAUACAGUUCAACCAUUGGAAGCUUUCCUGAUGUAUCCUAUGAUGACAUCGGCAAUCAUUGUCGGAACCCCAGCAAUGAUGGCAGAGACUCGCCAUGGUGUUUUAUAUCGCAAACUAAAUGGCAUUAUUGUUCUAUACCUAAAUGCGAUAACAUUUGUCUAAGAACGUCAGAUGGAAUGAGUUAUAAUGGAAAUAUGACCAAAUCUGCUUCUAAUAGAUUAUGUAAGACAUGGAGUGACCUACAGUACAAUGAUAGAUUUUAUUAUGAAUUACCAUCUAAUAAUUAUUGUGGAAACCACGUAUUAGAUCAAUCUAAACCAUGGUGUAUUGUUGAAGAUGGUUUAAAUCUUGUUUAUGAACAUUGUAAUAUACCAGGAUGUCCAAAAUCCUCCAAUAUGGCUACUAUGACAUUAUCACCACAAUCCGUCGACAGCCAGUUCCUAUCAAACGUCUAUCAGUGUUUUUAUCACACAGGAAGUGACGCAGUUUAUUUUCACAAUAGCUAUAGAUCUGUGUUUGACUCGGCAUGUUCAAAGACCAAUGCGACAAAGAUUCUAUAUGUGUGUUCAUUUUAUUUAAAAGAAUGGAAAAUUAUCGAAUAUCUUUGUGAUCCGGUUUCAGUUUCAUCAGCUUCUAUUGAGUUAACAUUUGCUUAUGAAGACACAUCCAGUACCAUGGAAUCGGUAACUGGUAUUUUGUCCGAGCUAUCAUCUAGUACCAUCAUUGAAUCGACACCAACAUACGACGCUACCAUUAGUUUAGACAGUGUCAGUGAUGUAAUUUCCAAUAACAAUGAUGUCGUGUUCUCAACCGGAAGUAUCUCGUACAUGAAUACGGAUUAUCUGUUUGGCAGUGAAAGUUGUUGGACAUGCUCUACGACUACGUCUACAAUUGCGGUUUCUAGUUACGUUACAGAGGCGUUGACAUCGACACAACUGGUCUCACGAAGUUGUACAUGUUACUGUAGAUCAAAACCAUCACCGAAUAUGACUGAUCUAGGUACAAUAUUAAGUCACCUUCCUACAAUGGAGAACCUUAUUCUGAACAAGAGUAACUUAUCACGAACAUUUCGCAAGAAAAACAGUGUCCAUGAUAGUCGAACGUUUUCUAUUGCUGUAGGCAGUGUUGGUGUUUUCAUCUUAAUUAGUUCAGCUCUCUUUCUAGCGUCCAGUGAUUUUUCUAGGGUGUUAAUGGGAACAUCUUAUCUCAUGAAUCGGGUCAGGGCCACCACUAAUACAAACAACAUUUAG